UCGCCUUCUGUCCUUACUCUCUCACACUGCCAGGACCCUGAUACUGCCUCCUCUCCUGGCCCUUUCAGGAUAGAGGGGAAGGUAGUCAGCUGGACCCCAGACUCUGUCCUGACAAGGGUGCGGAGAGCUGCUGACCCAGAAUGUCCGCAGUGUUCAGGCUGGGUGACCAUGUCUGGCUGAACCCUCCCUCCACUGACAAGACUUGCGUGGCCAUUGGGGGCAUUGUCAAAGAUACAAAGCUGGGCAAGAUCUUAAUUGAGGAUGAUGAAGGCAAGGAACACUGGAUCCAAGCAGAGGACCUUGGUACCCUCAGCCUCAUGCACCCCAAUUCAUCCCAGGGUGUGGAUGACAUGAUUUGCCUAGGGGACCUGAAUGAGGCAGGCAUGGUGCACAACCUCUUGAUCCGCUACCAGCAGAACAAGAUCUAUACCUACACAGGCUCCAUCCUGGUGGCUGUGAACCCCUUCCAGAUGUUGCCUCUGUACACCCUGGAGCAGGUGCAGCUCUACUACAGCCACCACUUGGGCGAGCUGCCCCCCCAUGUCUUCGCCAUUGCCAACAGCUGCUACUUCAACAUGAAGAAGAACAAGAGGGACCAGAGCUGCAUCAUCAGUGGUGAGUCUGGAGCCGGGAAGACAGAGACUACUAAGCUCAUCCUUCAGUUCCUGGCUACCAUCAGUGGCCAGCACUCAUGGAUUGAGCAGCAGGUUCUGGAGGCCAACCCCAUCCUAGAAGCCUUUGGCAAUGCCAAGACCAUCCGAAAUGACAACUCCAGCCGCUUUGGGAAGUACAUCGACAUCUACUUCAACCCUAGCGGGGUAAUUGAGAGCGCACGCAUCGAGCACUUUCUUCUAGAGAAGUCGAGAGUCUGCCGGCAGGCCGCAGAGGAACGGAACUACCACAUCUUCUACUCCAUGCUGAUGGGGAUGAACCCGGAAGAGAAGAAGCUGCUGGGCCUGGGGAUGCCUGCUGAGUACCAUUACCUGACCAUGGGGAACUGCACAUCUUGUGAGGGCCUAAAUGAUGCCAAGGACUACGCCCAUGUUCGCUCAGCCAUGAAGAUCCUUCAGUUCUCAGACUCUGAGAACUGGGACACCAGCAAGCUGCUGGCAGCCAUCCUGCACCUGGGGAAUGUGGAGUUUACGGCUGCUGUCUUUGAGAACCUGGAUUCCUCUGAUGUGAUGGACACUCCAGCCUUUCCCUUAGCAAUGAAGUUACUAGAGGUGCAGCACAAGGCCCUCCGAGAUUGUCUGAUCAAACACACAAUCCCCAUCCUCGGGGAGUAUGUCUCCAGGCCCUUGAACAUUGCGCAGGCUGUAGACCGGAGAGAUGCCUUUGUCAAGGGCAUUUAUGGGCACCUCUUUCUGUGGAUCAUCAAGAAGAUCAAUGCUGCAAUCUUCACACCACCAUCCCAGGACCCCAAAAACAUUCGGAGGGCCAUCGGUCUCUUGGAUAUAUUUGGCUUUGAAAACUUCCAGAGCAAUAGCUUCGAGCAACUCUGCAUCAACUUUGCCAACGAGCACCUGCAGCAGUUCUUCGUGCAGCAUGUGUUCACCAUGGAGCAGGAAGAGUACCACUCUGAGAACAUCUCCUGGAACUACAUCCACUAUACUGACAACCGCCCCACUCUAGACCUGCUGGGGCUCAAGCCCAUGAGCAUCAUCUCCCUCCUAGAUGAGGAGAGUCGCUUCCCACAGGGGACAGAUGUUACUAUGCUGCAAAAGCUGAACAGUGUCCACGCCAACAACAAGGCCUUCGUGAAACCCAAGAACAUACAUGACACCCGAUUUGGCAUUAUACAUUUUGCGGGCGAGGUACAUUACCAGGUAGAAGGCUUCCUGGAAAAGAACCGUGACAUGCUAAGCACAGACAUCCUCGCCCUGGUUCAUUCCUCUAAAAACAAGUUCCUGAGGGAGAUAUUCAACCUGGAGUCACCACAGGCCAAGCUGGGCCAUGGCACCAUUAACCAGGCCAAGGCAAGGAGCCAGUUCCUUAAGCAGGCAGACUCCACCAAGCGCCCCUCCACACUAGGGGGCCAGUUCAAGCAGUCCCUGGAUCAGCUGAUGAGACUCCUGGCCCACUGCCAGCCCUACUUCGUCCGCUGCAUCAAACCCAAUGAGUACAAGAAGCCACUGCUCUUCAACCGGGAGCUGUGCAUUCAGCAACUGCGCUACUCUGGCAUGAUGGAGACUGUGCACAUCCGAAAGUCAGGUUUCCCAAUCCGUUACACAUUUGAGGAGUUCUCGAAGAGGUUUCACAUGCUGCUGCCAGGCCCUGAACGCACAGAGCUUCGAGACAAGUUCCGCCAGAUGACCUUGUGUAUUGUUGACAAAUGCCUGGGGACAAACAAGGACUGGAAAGUGGGAAGGACCAAAAUUUUCCUAAAGGAUCAUCAGGAUACAAUGCUGGAGAUCCAGAGGGGCCAGGCCUUAAAUGGAGCAGCAGUCCGCAUCCAGAGAGUCCUUCGGGGAUACAAAUACAGGAAGGAGUUCCUGAGGAAGAGACAGGCAGCUGUCACCCUCCAGGCCAGGUGGCGAGGCCACCACCAAAGAAAGAAUUUUGAGCUGAUCCUGGUGGGCUUCCAGCGCCUACAGGCCAUUGCCUUAAGCCACCUACUGAUGAAACAGUUCCAGACCAUGCGACAGAAAAUGGUGCAGCUGCAAGCCCGCUGUAGGGGCUACCUGGUGCGCCAACAAGUACAGGCCAAGAGGAGGGCGGUGGUGGUCAUCCAGGCACAUGCCAGAGGAAUGGCUGCCCGGCGGAACUUCCAACAGCAGAAACCCAAUUGUAUACAGGGACCUCCGGUCAUCCUGGCAAAAGAGCAGAAAGGCCAAAGUGCUGCCCUUGAAAGGAAGCGCAAGUCCAUCUAUGACACCAUUACUGAUACGGAGAUGGUGGAGAAAGUAUUCGGCUUCCUCCCAGACAUGAUUGGAGGCCAGGAGGGCCCAGCCCCAAUGCGCUUUGAGGAUCUGGAAGUAAAGACCCAGAAACUGCCUGAGAUUGAUCUAGACACAGUGCCCAUGAUGGAGAUACCAGAGGAGGAUGUGGACGGCCUGUCUGAGUACACUUUCCCCAAGUUUGCUGCAACUUACUUCCAGAAAUCAGCCAGCCAUACCCACAUCCGGAAACCCCUCCAAUAUCCACUGCUCUACCAUGAGAAUGACACUGACCACUCGGUUGCCCUAGCUGUUUGGACCAUCAUCCUGAGAUUCAUGGGUGACCUUCCGGAGCCAGUGUUCUAUGCCAGGAACAGCCUAAGUGGCAGCUCAGUGAUGCGGCAGAUCCAUGACAGACUGGACAAGGACAGCAUCAAGGGUUCACAGCACAAUGGACCCACACAGAGACUUAGCCGCAGGGACAGAGGGUCCAAGGACAUCUCCUCCAUGAAGCUGAAGCGGUCCUCGAGGAUCACCAGCCAGGUGGCCAACCAGCUGAAUGUCGGUGAGGAGAUACUUGAUACCUCAGAUAGACCCAUGUCUAACCUGGAGAAGGUGCAUUUCAUCGUGGGUUACGCCAUUCUGCGACCCAGCCUCAGGGAUGAAAUUUACUGCCAGAUCUGCAAGCAGCUCUCGGAGAACUUCAAAAUGAGCAGCCUGGCUCGGGGCUGGAUCCUGCUCAGCCUCUGCCUGGGCUGCUUCCCUCCCUCGGAGAGGUUUAUGAAGUAUCUGCUGAACUUCAUUUGUCGAGGGCCACCCAGCUAUGGGCCCUUCUGUACUGAACGCCUGCAACGCACCUUUGCCAAUGGGGUACGCACAGAGCCCCCUACCUGGCUGGAGCUUCAGGCUGUUAAGUCCAAGAAACACAUCCCAAUCCAGGUCAUCAUGGCAACUGGAGAGAGCCUGACCAUCACUGUGGACUCAGCCUCCACAUCACAGGAAAUCUGCCUGCACAUCGCCCAGAAGCAGGGCCUCACUGACCACCUGGGCUUUUCCCUCCAGGUUGCUGUGUAUGACAAGUUCUGGACCCUGGGCAGCAGCCGUGACCAUGUGAUGGAUGCUGUGGCCCAGUGUGAGCAGCUGGCCCAAGAAAGGGGAGAAAGCCAGCGUCAGUCCCCUUGGCGCAUCUACUUCCGGAAGGAGUUCUUUACCCCCUGGCACAACUCCCAGGAAGACUCUGUGAGCACUGAGCUCAUUUAUCGCCAAGUCCUUCAUGGAGUUUGGUCUGGCGAGUAUAGAUUCGAGAAGGAGGAAGAACUGGUAGAGCUACUGGCCUGUCACUGCUACAUGAAGCUCGGGGCCUCAGUGAGGAGUGAGGCUGUGCAGGAGUUGCUGCCAAGCUGUGUCCCCUCCAAGCUGUACCGGACCAAGACUCCAGAGAAGUGGGUCAACCUCAUCAAUGCAGCACACGCCAAGGCACUGUAUACCCAGGCUCGAGCCACACCACUACAGGUGCAGGAACAGGUAGUAGAUGCUGCCCGUCUACAGUGGCCCCUGCUCUUCUCCCGGCUCUUUGAAGUCACCACGAUCUCUGGCCCCCGCCUUCCCAAGACACAGCUGAUCUUGGCUGUGAACUGGAAAGGAAUUUACUUCCUGGACCAGAGGGAGAAGAUACUGCUGGAGCUGUCCUUCCCAGAAGUCAUGGGUCUGGUCACCAACAGGGAAGCCCCAGGUGAGCGGAAACUGCUCCUGUCAACGCUGCACGAAGAAUACGAGUUUGUCUCACCCAGCAGUGUGGCCAUCGCAGAGCUGGUGGCUCUGUUCCUGGGGGGCCUGAAGGAGAGGUCCGUGUUCGCUAUGGCCCUACAGGACAGGAAAGCCACAGAUGAUACCACCCUCCUGCCGUUCAAGAAGGGGGACUUAUUGAUCCUCACCAAGAAGCAGGGGUUGCUGGUCUCCGAGACCUGGGCCCAGGGCCAGAAUGAUAGGACAGGCAAAACAGGGAUGGUGCCCAUGGCCUGCCUGUAUGCCAUCCCCACGCUCACCAAGCCUUCAACCCAGCUGCUGAGCUUGCUGGCCAUGUCACCAGAGAAGCGGAAGGUGGCAGCUCAGGAGGGGCAGGCUUCAGAGCCCCCAUCUGAGGAGCAGCCCACAGAGACACCAUACACCCUGGAGGAGUUCUCCUACCAGUUCUUCAGGGCCCCAGAGAAGGAGACUGUCAGCAGGGCCACAAUGCCCCUGGCGCGUAGCCGGAACCCUCUGUGGGCCUACUCCCCAGAGCCAUUGCGCCAGCCCCUGCUCAAGCAUGUCUAUGACAAAGCCAACCUGCGGGACAUCGCCUGCCAGAUCUUCCUCGCCAUUCUCAAGUACACGGGCGACUACCCUUCCCGGCAGGCCUGGCAAAGCCUGGAGCUCACAGACCAGAUAUUCUCCCCAGCCCUGCAGGACCCGGCCCUGCAGGAUGAGCUCUACUGCCAGAUCCUGAAGCAGCUGACACACAACUCCAUCAGGUUCAGUGAAGAGCGAGCCUGGCAGUUGCUGUGGCUCUGCACAGGUCUCUUUCCCCCUGGCAAGGUGCUGCUACCCCAUGCCCAGAAGUUCAUAGACUCCCGGAGGAAAAAGUUGCUGGCCCCUGACUGCAGCCGCCGGCUCCAGAGAGUCCUAAGGAUAGGACCUCGGAAGCAACCCCCACAUCAUAUGGAGGUGAAAACUGCUGAACAGAAUGUCUCCCGAAUACGCCACCAGAUUUACCUCCCCAAUGCCACCACUGAGACGAUGGAGGUGAGCAGCAGCAGCCGGGUACGAGACGUGUGUGAGGGCAUUGCCACCAGGCUUCAGCUGGCAUCCUGGGAGGGCUGCAGCCUCUUCAUCAAGAUCACAGACAAGGUCAUCAGCCAGAAGGAAGGAGACUUCUUCUUUGACAGCUUGAGGCAGGUGUCUGACUGGGUAAAGAAAAAUAAACCCCAGAAAGAAGGGGCCUCUGUGACACUUCCCUACCAGGUGCUCUUCAUGCGAAAAUUGUGGUUCAGUGUGACCCCAGGGAAGGACAUGAAUUCAGACACCAUACUCCACUACCACCAGGAGCUACCCAAGUACCUGCGUGGGUUUCACAAGUGCUCUCGGGAGGAUGCUGUCCACCUAGCAGGCCUCAUCUACAAGGCCCAGUUUGACAAUGACCGGUCCCAACUGACUAGUAUCCCCAAGAUCCUGAAGGAACUGGUGCCUCAGAACCUCACACGCCUUAUGUCCUCGGAGGAAUGGAAAAAGAGCCUCCUUCUGGAGUGUGAUAAACACAAAGACAAGACAGUGGCGGAAGCCAAAGUAGCCUUUCUGAAGUGGAUCUGCCGCUGGCCCACCUUUGGGUCUGCAUUCUUCGAGGUGAAGCAAACCUCAGAGCCUUCCUACCCAGACAUCCUCCUCAUUGCCAUCAACCGACAUGGGGUGCUACUCAUCCACCCCAAGACCAAGGAGCUGCUGACUACCUACCCCAUCACCAAGAUCUCUAGCUGGAGCAGUGGCAACACCUACUUCCACAUGACUCUGGGAAGCCUGGGCCAGAGUAGUCGCUUGCUGUGUGAGACCUCUAUGGGCUACAAGAUGGACGACUUGCUGACCUCAUAUGUACAGCAGCUUCUGAGUGUGGUAAACAAACAGCGGGGCUCCCUGGUUCCAGCCCUGGCCAACCCUUAGCAGAUCCCAUCUGCACACAGAAGUCCAUACUGGUCUCCCCACCUUCCCACCCAUCAGCAGCCCAAAUGGCUCCUUCUGAGUGCUUGCUACAGAGGCCAAUGAAGGUUUCAAGUCUCCUGGUCAGCAGUGGAUGGCUCCCUGUAAUGCUCAAUAAAAAUUCACCUAGCAGAA